GGUCAGUCCGGGGAUUGUCCUGAAAAGGAGAAGAGCUAUUUCUGUCUGUGCGUGUGAGAGGAAUGAGUAUCUGCCUCGUGUUUCUUUUCUGCUGGCACAGAAAGGACAUAAUAACCGCCAUCAAGCACAAUGAGCAGAACAACGUUCUUUGAGUGCGGCGAGUAACAUGCUUUUACAAAGGAAGUGGAGCACCAUUAGGAAUUAUUUCAAUAAAGUGGAGGUCCUUGAUGCCAAGACAAAGGAACAGCUUUGUUUUUUAGAUAAGGUGGAUCCUCACUCGACAAUAGGAGACAUUAAGAGCCUCUUUUACAAAUCAUAUCCUCAGUGGUACCCAGCAAGACAGGCACUAAGACUGGAUCCAAAGGGAAAAUCCCUCCGAGAUGAAGAGGUCUUACAGAAUCUACCAGUGGGAACCACCGCCACUAUGUACUUCGAAGAUCUCGGGCCACAGCUAGGUUGGACUACGGUGUUUUUUGCCGAAUACAUGGGGGCCCUGCUCACGUACCUCCUCUUCUUUUUUCGAGUGCCAUAUAUUUACUCUCACACACAGGCCUUCACCUCCAGCCCCCAUUCUGUUGUCACACUGGCCUGUGUCUGCCAUACGUUCCACUACAUGAAGAGGCUGAUGGAGACCAUCUUUGUGCAUCGGUUCUCCCAUGGGACCAUGCCACUCAGGGCAAUAGUCAAAAACUGUGCCUACUACUGGGGGUUUUCCGCAUGGUUAGCCUACUACAUCAACCACCCUCUUUAUACGCCUCCAUCAUAUGGAGAACUUCAAGUCAAGUAUGCACUAUUCACAUUUGCGAUGUGUGAAAUGGGAAACCUCUCCAUUCAUAUGAGUCUGAGUAAUCACAGAGUAGAUGGGUUCAGACUAAGAAGGUUUCCUAUGCCAACCAAGAAUCCCUUCACAUGGCUGUUUUUCUUUGUAUCCUGUCCAAAUUAUACAUAUGAGGUUGGUGCUUGGGUAAGCUUCACAGUCAUGACCCAAUGUCUUCCAGUGGCAAUAUACACUUUAUUUGGGUUUAUUCAGAUGACCAUCUGGGCCAAAGGGAAGCACAAAGCCUACAUACGAGAGUUCAAAGACUAUCCAAGUGUUCGGAUGGCUAUUAUUCCUUUGAUUCUUUGAUAAUUGCUUAGGCCUGCACUGCUGCACCCUGUGAGAACAGCACUAUGCAAUUUUUAUGCUGAUGAAUGGGCUUGAAUAACAUUUGUAGGGAAGCAAUAACAUAGAAAUGCACUAUAGCCGAGCCUUUAAAGAUUUCUGAGAUAAUUUUAUUUUCUGUUCUGACAUGGACAAAGGUUUUGGCAGUGGCAUUAAUACUAGGUUUCAAAAACUUUUUGUGUUUGGUACUUGUAGCAACAAGCCAAUUUGUUCAGAUAGUAAUACAUAAUAAUCAGAUGCAUAUUGAUUUAUCCCAAAGCUCCGUCUCACGGGGGACUCACAAUACGUUUGGGCCUGCCGGGUCUGACCGGCUUCCUCCCCCGCCA